AAUUAAUUUCAUGCCGUUAACUCUUACAAUAACAAUAACUCAAGAAUGCUGCAUGCAUAAUAGUCUUGCUUGCAUUCUUUUCUAGUUAAUUCAAAUGUAUUUCCCUCAUAAACUGAGAAUCGCCAUGAUUAGUAAACUUGAUUGAUGUAGAGUUAAUUUCUUGCUGGUCAUGCAUAUUCAUAUCUUUGAAUGCAAAUUGCCUUGCUUGCCGGAAGAUCCUGUGGACACGGCAGAAAACAAUGCCCUGCUCCGCACUGCUCAUGGAGAUCUUCCCAACUUUGAGGAGAUCACUGGAGAAAAAUGCCAUGCAGGGGUGGGCAAACUGGCCCUGGACCUGGAGACUGGAGUCUGGGAGAUUGAAGAAAAAAUUAGAGACAAGCCAAAGUCAGUGAGCUUCGACACGGUGCUGAAGCCUCUGGAUGCCUUGGACGCGCAGCUUAACUUUGGCUGGAGUACUGCUAAAGUUUUGUACAUCGCACGCCAGGAUAAGCUGCCUCAGAAGACAUAUCUCGGCUUGCAUGAGCGCGCACGCAAAGCUCGUGUACAGAAAUUCCAGAGCUUGCCCAUCUACAAGGCCUGUAAGGUCAUAAGUGAGCAAGAAGCACCGAGUUUAGACAGCAACAAGCGGCGCGUGCUGCAGAAGUUUCUGUUGGAGUCUCGUCUUAAUGGAAUGGACUUGAGUCCAACGAAAGCUGACCAGUUCCUGAGCAUCAUAAACAAAUUGGAUCAGAAGAAACAACAAUACCGACAAAAAGUUCAGGUCUCGACAUCUCGCUUCGCCUAUGAAAUAACCGACCCCAACAUCGUGCAACACUUCCCGCCACACCUCCUGGAGCGCAUGUCGCCCAGCGGCAGUGACACAACGCGUGGUCCGUGGCACGUGACGCUGAAGUCUGACGUGUACGAAGGCUUCAUGGCGCACUGCAGUAAACGAGCGCUGCGCUGGAACACAUGGCAGGCCUACAACAUGCGUGCCACGAGGUUUAUUGAUCCACAGCUCGACAACAGCGUCAACAUAGAGGAAAUCAGGGCGUCUAGGAACGACCUGGCUCGAAUUUUAGGCUACAGUAAUUUCGCUACGAUGUCUAUGGAGACCAAGAUGGCUGGCAGCGUCGAGAAUGUUUUAUCCCUCAUAACGAGCCUGAUGGCUAAAGCGGUCCCUAAGCAAGCAGAAGAGAUAGCAUCUUUGACUGCCUUUGCAAAAGAGCGGGACUUCUCAGAGGACGCGUUGCAGGCUUACGACGUGCCGUACUACAGCCGCCUGCAGCGCCAGCACCUCUAUGGAGAAGGCGAGAAGUUGCGGCAGUUCUUUCCCCUGGACCACGUGCUGACGGCGCUACUGCAGCUCAGCGCUGAGCUCUUCGCCGUGCAGUUCGAGGAGCUGGCGCCGGGACCUGAACUGAAGGCCUGGCAUCCGUCCGUGCGGCUCUUCAAUGUCCUUGAAGAAGACGGCGCUCCCAUCGCAUCUUUCUAUUUCGACCCCUACAGACGCCCCGGCGAGAAGCUCGAGCCGACUUCAGGCAGCGGCUGGUUCGCUUCCCUCCGCAGUCGCUCGACGCUGAGCGACCGCCCCGUCGCGGCGCUCGUCUUCAACUUCCCGCCCCCAGGCAGCGACGCUCAGCACGACAGUGACGAGACGCUGCUAACCGUCAGCGACGUCGUCACUCUCUUCUCCAAGUUUGGGGAGGCUCUGCAGCACAUGCUCACCACGGUGCCGUACGGCGAGGUGUCAGGACUUACAAACAUAGAGUGGGAUGCCAUGGCUCUCACCCAGCACUUCAUGGCCAACUGGGUGUUUGUUCCCGAAGUUCUGUCGUCGCUGGGCCGACAUUACGACACGGGAGCGCCUCUACCGCCUGACGUCAUCGCUGACAUCAUCAGCUCCCACAACCACAUGGCAGCUCACAACCUCUCCAAGCAUCUCUACCUCGCCAAUCUCGAUCUUUUGCUCCACACUACAAAAGACUUCUGGAAGAGUAUAAUGACGGGCCUGUGGCCGCAGUUCUUGCCCUAUGAGCUGGACAAGAAGGACUACCAUCCCUGCAGCUUCACGGCCAGCAUGUGCGACGUGUGGGCGGCCGCGUACUAUAGCCACACUUGGGCCCGCGUCAUGGCUGCCGACUGCACCAAGUCGUUCAUCGAUGACGAGCGAAGCCACUGGCGCUCUACUGGCCUAAGGUUCCGGUCGACAUUCCUGUCCCUGGGUGGAGGAGAGGCGCCGGCCGAAGUCUUCAGAAAGUUCAGAGGACGCGACCCUUCACCAGAUGCGCUUAUUGAACUUUACGGAAUAGGCGGCGCGAAAUGAAAGCGCUGUCUUGUUAAUAGCAGUGCACCAGAUGCGCUUAUUGAACUUCACGGAAUAGGCGGCGCGAAAUGAAAGCGCUGGCUUGUUUACAUCAAUGAAUGACAGACUCGUGUCAUCACAGAGCAAAAUAACGAGUUGGAAUAAACGUUGUGCCGUUUACUGAUACGUAAGACACGAGACAUUUUGUUUCGUAGAAGUAAGUAAGUAAGACACGAGACAUAAAUUUCGCAGAAGUUAAUUACAAUAUAAGCAUUGUGCAUGAGAAUAAAAAUGCAGAGGAUUAUUUAAUUACUUCCUUUGAUUUAGGGAGUAAAGGGAUGAUUUAUUUUUCAUGAGACUUGCACUAAAGUGUAUGUACAGUUGGAAUUCUAUCACGAAUUCGAUUCAGCGAGUCGGAGAAGUUGUUGUGAUAUUUUGUUUAUAUCGUUUACGAUAAUUUGAAACUUGUGAACAUCAUGUAAAAUAUAAAAAGAUCAAAAAAUGGC